UCUCUUCCUCUCCACGCGGUGGACGAGAUCCGCAGGCCUCUACAGCUCGUGCCGAGCGAUGCCGGGGAAACUCCUUAGUGACGCAGAUUUGGAAUCAGACGCAGCCAUGGGAAAAGUGGAGAAACCGCGAAAGCAAAAUGAGAAGAAAGGUAAAAAAGAGAAGUCAAAAUCUAAUAAGACUGAAGAGAUAGCAGAAGAAAAGGAAGAAGCUGUUUCCCCGAAAGCUAAAAAAGUUAAAAAGAAAGCAGGGCCUUCUGAGGUUGAAGUGAAUUCUCCUAAAACCAAAAAGGCAAAAAAGAAAGAGGAGCCAUCCCAAGAUGAUGUGAUUUCUCCUAAAACCAAAAGUGUAAAAAAGUCAAAGGAACCCACUGGAAAGGAAGUUGUUACUUCAAAAACCAAAAAAGUGAAAAAAAAUGAGGAGCCUUCUGAAGAAGAAGAACUAAGUGCUCCUAAGCCCAAGAAGAUGAAGAAAGAAAAGGAAAUGAAUGGAGAAAUUGGGGAGAAAAGCCCCAAACUAAAAAAUGGAUUCUCUCAUGCUGGACUUGACUCAAACUCCAGUGAAGCUGCUAGUGAAGAAAGUAACAACGAGUUGGAGCAGGAAAUACCUGUGGAACAAAAAGAAGGCGCUUUCUCUAAUUUCCCCAUAUCUGAAGAGACUAUUAAACUUCUCAAAGGCCGUGGGGUGACCUUCCUCUUUCCUAUACAAGCAAAGACAUUUUUCCAUGUGUAUAGUGGAAAAGAUUUAAUUGCACAGGCGCGGACAGGAACCGGGAAGACAUUCUCUUUUGCUAUCCCUUUGAUUGAGAAGCUCCUGGGAGAAAUGCAUGACCGGAAGAGAGGCCGCGCCCCUCAGGUACUUGUUCUUGCACCCACAAGGGAAUUAGCAAAUCAAGUAAGCAGAGACUUCAGUGACAUCACCAAAAAGUUGGCUGUGGCUUGUUUUUAUGGUGGAACUCCCUAUGGAGGUCAAAUUGAACGUAUGCGGAAUGGGAUUGACAUCCUGGUUGGGACACCAGGUCGGAUCAAGGACCACCUGCAGAACGGCAAGCUAGAUCUUACCAAACUUAAGCACGUUGUCCUGGAUGAAGUUGACCAGAUGUUGGAUAUGGGGUUUGCCGAUCAAGUGGAAGAGAUUUUAAGUGUGGCAUACAAGAAAGAUUCAGAAGACAAUCCCCAAACACUGCUUUUUUCUGCAACUUGCCCUCAUUGGGUAUAUAAUGUUGCUAAGAAAUACAUGAAAUCUACAUAUGAACAGGUGGACCUGAUUGGUAAAAGGACUCAGAAAGCUGCAAUAACUGUGGAGCAUCUGGCUAUCAAGUGCCACUGGACUCAGAGAGCAGCAGUUAUUGGGGAUGUGAUCCGAGUGUACAGUGGUUUUCAUGGGCGCACUAUCGUCUUCUGUGAAACCAAGAAGGAAGCCCAGGAGUUGUCUCAGAAUGUGUCCAUAAAGCAGGAUGCCCAGUCAUUACACGGAGACAUUCCACAGAAGCAAAGGGAAAUCACCUUGAAAGGUUUUAGAAAUGGAGAUUUUGGAGUUUUGGUUGCAACCAACGUUGCUGCGCGUGGGUUAGAUAUCCCUGAGGUUGAUCUAGUUAUACAGUGUUCUCCACCAAAGGAUGUGGAGUCCUACAUUCAUCGUUCUGGGCGAACGGGAAGAGCUGGAAGAACUGGGAUUUGCAUCUGCUUUUAUCAGUACAAGGAGGAAUAUCAGUUAGCACAAGUGGAGCAAAAAGCGGGAAUUAAGUUUAAACGAAUAGGUGUUCCUUCUGCAACAGAGAUAAUAAAAGCUUCCAGCAAAGAUGCAAUCAGGUUUUUGGAUUCUGUUCCUCCCACUGCUAUUAGUCACUUUAAGCAGUCGGCUGAGAAGCUGAUCGAGGAGAAGGGAGCCGUGGAAGCCCUGGCGGCGGCGCUAGCCCAUAUUUCAGGGGCCACGUCUGUAGACCAGCGCUCCUUGAUCAACUCGGAGGCGGGCUUUGUGACCAUGAUCUUAAAGUGCUCAAUUGAAAUGCCAAACAUUAGUUAUGCUUGGAAAGAACUUAAAGAGCAACUGGGUGAAGAUAUUGAUUCCAAAGUGAAGGGAAUGGUCUUUCUCAAAGGAAAGCAGGGUGUUUGCUUUGAUGUCCGAACUGCAGCAGUAACAGAAAUACAGGAAAAAUGGCACGAUUCCCGGCGCUGGCAACUCUCUGUGGCCACAGAGCAGCCGGACCUGGAAGGACCACGGGAAGGAUACCGAAGCUUCAGGGGACAGCGGGAAGGCAAUCGAGGUUUUAGGGGACAGCGAGAGGGAAACAGAAACUUCAGGGGACAGCGGGACGGAAACAGAAACUUCAGAGGACAACGAUCAGGAGGUGGCAACAGAAAUAACAGAUUUCAAAACAAAGGCCAGAAACGGAGUUUUAGUAAAGCAUUCGAUCAGUAAUUGAAGUAGAAGAUUUAUAUGGCAAAACAGAACUAUGUUUGGCAACAUGGAACUGAACUUUUUUUUUUCAUACAAAGUUAAACGCACAUUGUGUUUCCUUCCUGACCACUUGCCUCGCCCCAUCUCUUCCAGAGAGAUAAGCUUCAUCCAAAUUACUUCAUCUGGUGAUUGUCAUUUAUAACUAUUGCUACUUCUGUAUCCGAUUUUCCUUGUGAAAAGGUGUAUGAAUUCAUUGCAUUUUUAUUCUAAUGCAUUUUUAUAGAUUAUAAGUUAAAGUCAAGCAGAUAUCUGCCUAUACUUAAUAAGUUGACCUGUUUUUAUACUUAAAAGUAUCUCUUAAUAGCAUUCUUUCCUAAAUAUCUAUGCAAAAUGCAACAGUUUCUGAAGAAGCACUUUGUUCUGUAAUUGGCAUUUCUCAGCCACCUGCCGAACAAUUCCUUGUGUGGGUCCUAUAACAUGUCUUCUGAGAAUUAAUACUGGGUUUUGAAGCAAGAUUUCAAACUUAGCUUGGAUGUAAUAAAGUUUAUGCCAGCCUCGGCUCUAGAUUUGGAGAAUGGUGAUACAUUUGACAGGAUACAUUAUGUAGAUUAGUCAUCAUUGUGUGCAUUGUGAUGCAUUUUUAUUUCUAAUAUAAGGUGAUUUGUGCUUCAGUGAAUUCUUCACACUAUACAUCUAUAUAUCUGUAUGUAUAUAUAACAGUAUUUUAAAACAAAUGUGUUUAAAAAAUUCUAAAUGUAUAAGAUGUCUCCAUAACUUUCUUCACAAGUAAGGAGGCUGGAUAAAUGGGGCUUGAUGAUAAUGUAUUCCACUUCUAUUGGAAGGUAACAUUAUUUACCAAGAAGGAAUUAAGGGAGUAGCAGACAGAGAUUUACACUGCUGAAGAAUCAACAACAAAACCACUGCAAAUGUAUUUCGUAUGCGAGAAGGAAGUGACUGUUGAGAGCAAAGAGAACAAGUAAAGAUGCAUGAUAAAGUAUUUAAUUGGUGAAAAUUUAAUGGGUCAUUAAUGUUUCUGGAGGUUAAUGUCUAAUGGGCAAAUUGGGAUUUUUGGGUAGAUUGAUCUGGUUUAGUUACUCAAAGGCCUAUUCCUAUAGCCACAGUAUAGGAAUCUUUUUCUAUUAGACUGCUACUCCGCUGGGAGGUUUUAGCUGCUUAGGAAACUUUUUUUUUUUUUUUUUUAAUUUUUAGCCAACGAUAGUUUUCUGUUUAUCUCCAGAUAGGACGGGAGGGAGAGAUAGAGAAACAUCGACAUGAGGGACACAUCGACUGGUUGCCUGCCUCCUCCCGCACCACCCCAACCAAGCCAGGGAC